ACUGAUUUUUUUUUAAUCCUAAGAGAUUGUCUCAUAAAUUCUGCCUAACCUCCUCUUCUCUUGUGGCUCAUAGCGAGAGGAGGGUUUCCAUGCUUUAACAUAAUGCGGGUGUUGGCGAUCCUGCUGCUUGGCCUGGCCUUGGCAGAGCCUUCAAGUUCCUUGAGUCCUGCAGAUUGCAAGGCAGCUGAGCCCAAAGCUGGGGAAAUCCUGAAUCUGAUCAAUGUCCAUCGAAAGGAUGGCUACGUCUUUGAUCUUCUGCGGGUUGCCGAUGCCCACACUCAUGUUCGCGAAGAGGAAUCUGCAGUUAUCCAUUAUUUGGUUCUGGAUGUGAUGGAAACAGACUGCUCUGUCUUGUCUAGGAUACACUGGGAGGAAUGCCAGCCAGAACUGGGCAGGCGACCAUCUGGAGUUGUCAUUGGGAAAUGCAAAGUGGUGGCCGUCACCCACACAAACACCUCUGGGGAGCCUGAGUGGGAUAAGAUGAUUGGAUUCAAUUGCACAAUAAGCUCUGUUUCUUCUGCACUAACCAACCGCAGUCCUCCUCCUGUCAUUAUUGACUACUUAGACAAUAAAGAACAGUAUAGAAGUCAGGCAGAGGAAGCACUCAAGCAGUACAAGGAGAAUGAUGCCAGUGCCUCCUCUUUCCAGGUGGUCAAAGUUGAGAGAGUUGUGCAAGUGAGAGGAGGAGAAAGAUCUGGAUUGUACGUGGAUUUUAGCAUAAGGAACCACUCCACAGAAGCCCCACUGCCCCCCUUCUCCAGGUCCUGCCCGGUCUUUGGAUUUUGUCGGGCAGACUUUGUGUAUAACUUGGGGAAUUCUGACUUGAACAACCCAGAUCUUCUUACCGUAGACUGUGAAAUCUUCGAUGUGGAGGACCACAGAAAUUCUAGCAGUGGAAGACAUCACCAUCAACAUCAUGGGCAUUUCCAUAGGGAUAGACACCAUUUUCCCAAGGACCUGGAUUCAAUACAUAGACCUUUGGGUCAAGGAUGCCGAGAACCAUUUCACCAUCAUCAUUCACAUGAGCAUGGACACCCACCUCACACCCAUCAAUCUUUGGAAGACAGAGAUUCUAUAGGCGGGCCACAGGAUGGACUCAUUCCUAGUUCUGAUAAUUCUCCUGUCAAAGAUGAUCCAGAGGUCCAGCAUCCUCAAGGAACCCCUCCCCCACUUGGCCAUGACGAGUGCCAUGAUAAUCACAGGCAUGUUUUCCAUAGGCAUAAGUCCCAUAAGCAUGGUCACCAUAAGCCCUGUCCUCAUGGACAUGGUCCAUGUAAGCAUGAUCCUCAUGGUCAUGGUCCCCAUAGGCAUGGUCCUCAUAGGCAUGGUUCUCAUGACCAUGGUCCCCAUAGGCAUGGUUCUCAUGACCAUGGUCCCCAUAGGCAUGGUUCUCAUGACCAUGGUCCCCAUAGGCAUGGUUCUCAUGACCAUGGUCCCCAUAGGCAUGGUUCUCAUGACCAUGGUCCCCAUAGGCAUGGUCAUCAUGGUCAUGGUCCCCAUAGGCAUGGACCCCAUGGUCAAGGUCGAUGUGGGCAUGGGCCUCCACCUAGAGAACCUGGCAUUGUCUAUCAACUCCCUUCACUGAAGAAGGGGGAAGUUCUUCCUUUGCCUGAAAUUAGUAUUCCCAGUGGAGGUCAUGGCUCACACCCAGGAAACCGACACCCUCCAAGGCCAGAAAUUCAGCCCUUCCCACAGACGCCUUCAGAAUCCUGUCCAGCGGAACUCAAGCUUAACUAUCCACAAUUUUUGCCCUUUUUGGAACAUGAAGAUCCAAAGUGAUCAGUUGAUUUUCAUGAUGGAAAAAACCAUGAGAGUCAUGUGCCAAAGGUUUUAGAAACAAAAAAAAUCAAUGUAAAAAUUUAA